AGGAACCUCCCGAGUCGCUGGUUUUCGCCAUCAGAUCUCCCGGACUCCGCCAUCACUUUGGCCCUGCGAGCAUCGCCCUCCAUCCCCUUCUCCACGGCUUUUUAUUCUAUGCCUUUUUCCGGAGCCCUAGACGCCCUGUUGAGCCCUUUCCGCCCCUGCUCUUAACCGUGGAGAAACGCCCCCUCGGCGGGCCCCAGAACUGGGGUUUUGGAGGCGAGCAUGUCGCCUGGUCACAACCACACCUGGCUGCCACCAGGGCAUCUUCGACCUCCCGAUGAUCAUCACGAUUCGCGGCCUGUCAAUGGUUACUCGAAUUUCUCUGCCGGUUCCCGGACGCCGCAAACUCGCGUUUGUGCCAGUGCCGACGGGUCUCAGACAGGUAAUUUGAUAUCGGAGGCUGAUACCGCCGCGGAGGAUGACCCGCGCAUCGCUAUCUUUCGUGAUCUUUACAGGCGGAGUGAGGCGAGUAUCGAUAUCUUGUUCAGCAAGGAUCAGGCUCAUGUCGAUGCUGUCCCGGAUCUUGACCAUCAGCCUGAACCCACCGGUGCUGUUGCUCCCACUGAUGAUCCGGCGCCACUUCCACUUCCCUCUAAGAAUCCCGCUCGAAAAUUGGAUGAGGACGAUUACGACGAGUACGACGAUGACGACAAUGAUGAGACGGAAGUCGCGGAUACCGCCGUCUCGCCGCUCAAGACUAAGUCUGCCGCGCCUCCGCUGGAUUCCAGCGGUAUUCCGUCGCCGGGCCACCGUUCCAGUGUUGCGCUAUCGGUUAUCAAUGAUAGUGCAAAAGAAUCAAAGAAGGAAACGCUUGAAGAGAUUCGGAAGAAACUCGAGGAAGACAAGAAGGCAACUGAGGAAGCUGCGAAAAGGAGCUUCCACACACUCUUCUAUACACUGGAAAGUGACAGGGAUGCCAUGCUGGAUCAGCAACGGCUCGACGAGUCGGAGAGACAGGUUGAAGCUGAGAUGUCCGGCCAAGCGAAUGCUGGCAGUACCAACGGGAACGCCGAAUCGAAUGGUUAUGGCUCGUUGAGUAACGCGAACCUCGGAGCCUCGAGUCUGACUUUGAAGAACUUGAUUGCUAGGAUUGAUAUGAAGCGGACCAUGGUCCAGGCAUCUGAUGCGGAACUGCGAAGUUUGAUGAGUGAAGUCCGCAAGAACCGGAGCAAGUGGGCUAGCGAGGAUAAAAUCGGGCAGGAAGAACUCUACGAAGCAGCGGAAAAGGUUCUUAGUGAGCUUAAAGCGAUGACUGAACAUUCAACUGCUUUUUUAACUAGGGUGAACAAGCGCGACGCACCUGAUUACUAUACCAUCAUCAAGCAUCCUAUGGAUCUGGGGACGAUGACAAAGAAGCUCAAAGCUUUACAGUAUAGAUCGAAAAAGGAAUUCGUUGAUGACCUCAACCUUAUAUGGUCGAAUUGCUUGAAGUAUAACACAAACCCUGAUCACUUUCUGCGCAAACACGCCUUGUACAUGAGGAAAGAGACGGAGAAGCUUGUUCCUCUUAUUCCCGAAAUUGUUAUCAGAGACCGUGCAGAAGUGGAAGCGGAAGAACGUAGGCUUCAGCUUGCAGAGCUUGAGGGGGGUGAAGAGAGUGACGAUGAACCUAUCAUGUCCUCCAGAGGCAGGAAAGCCCCUAAGAAGGGGACUGCUCCUACUCGGAAUACUUCCAGAGUUUCGGAAGGGCCACCUGGGGCUUCUGUCAAUCAGACCCCUGCCCCCGUACGCGCUGACUCUGAUGUAGUGGUGGACGGAAUUCGAAACGGAUCCUCGACGACACCGCCCCCAGGGGUACAGACGCCAUCUGAUCCUAAUGGGGCUGGUUCGUCUGGGAUCCCUGGUGAUUCUAUGGAAAUUGAUGGCUUGAUACCUUCGAACAACGCCCUUAGCGCAUUGUCUGUGCCCGGGAUAGAGCUCGAAGACCCAGAGUACAAAGUCUGGAAGCAAGUCACGAAGAAAGACCGUGCCCUCAUCGCUGCUGAAAGGCACCGCCUUCUCAAAGGGGAUAAAUUAAACCCUGACGAGCCGGCAUUGCUGAGGACCAAGGCUGGCAUGAGAAAAUGGCUGAGAAAUCAAAAGCAAAUCGCCCCUGAAGUCGACAAAGCGGACGAACUGGGCUCGCAAUCGGUAGAGCACGACGCUCCCCGCGAAACUCUUGCGGAAGGCAUAGAGGUGGAGGAAGACAGGAUGAUUCCCGAUUACUACGAUGUAAUGUCCGGCAUUCCCGACCUACCUGAGCGACUUGUUUGGAGAGAGGAUGCAGAAGGCAAUGUUGUGGAUGCUUCUGAAGAAUUCUUGAGAAUUCUUCCCAAGGAUUCAUUUGUUCAGCCUGACAGUAAACUCUCCCGGAAGAUGGAUGCAAAUAUGCGGCAAAUGCAGGAAACUCGGAAAAUCUGCUCGAAGAUCGGCAUAGUGAAGCAGAUGCAACUGCAGUCCCAAAUGUAUCAAAACCAAUUUCAAAAGUAUCAGCCCGAACCUUUCGUGGAACAGGAUAUCUCACCACAUGUUUUGAAUGAUGAGGGUCCAGUGGUUGCACCUUGGGUUUGUAAGGCUGCGCUGCAACGCUCUGUUGCCAAAAUCUUUUACCAUGCUGGAUUCGAGGAGUAUCAACCGUCUGCCCUUCAGACAAUUACCGAUAUCGCUUCGGAUUUCUUUCAGAAGAUUAGCGAGACAUUAAAAUCAUAUAUGGAAACUCCUAAACUUCCAGCUUCGACCAAGGAAGAGCACACAUCGUCAUCUUCUCAGUGGAAGCUGGCUUACAGCCAACCAGAGAUGAUUCUUCAUACCUUGUCCUCAGUAGGUACUGACGUGGAAGCUCUCGAAUCAUAUAUUAGAGAUGAUGUGGAACGGCUUGGAACAAAGCUUGCUACUGUCCACGAGCGUUUAAGGUCCUUAUUUGCCGAGCUUCUUCGGCCGGCCCUUGCAGACGGUGGUGAGGAUGGUUCGAAUGCCUUUGCCGAUGGCAGUGAGCAAUUUGUUGCCGGUGAUUUCGCCGAGGAUAUCGAUGAAGACUUCUUUGGAUUCAAGGAACUGGGCUUAGAUAAGGAAUUCGGUCUUGCGACUCUCAGUGUUCCACUCCAUCUGCUCCAAAACAGGAUGUACAAUGCCGCUCAGGCUCAAAGCACGAGCGCUGCACAAACGGUAACCCUCUUCCCGCCGCCUCCUGCAUAUCCGCGCAUUACGUCAGAUACUGUAUUAUCGCAAAUUGGGCUUGUGCAAGACUUCUUUCGCGCUAAGUUGCAGGCAAACAAUGGCGAACCUCUGGUCGAGGAUCUUGAACUGCCGCCUAAGCAGCGGCCAAUGGCUGCUCGCCCCCGUCUUCCAGCGUCUGGGAAAAUUCCGCCUUUAGGGUCUGCAGGGCCAACUUCGAGCCCACAGAAACGGCCGCCUCCACCACCUGGUCCUGGACAAUUAGCAACGGCGAAGCCUGGGACCGCAGAACCUAGUAAGAAAAAGGCCAAGAAAAACAGCGGAUUAGCUCUGGAUGUUUAAAUCUCCACCGGCGGCGAUGAAACGGCAGUCGCAGAUGGUGCGAAAACUCUAUCCGCAAAUCCAACAUCAACGACCUCGAAGAACAAUGACGCUUCCUUGGAUGACAUCCCUCCAGGCUCUGCAACAGAAAUCAACAGUGCAAAAGGUGGAGCCGACAUGUCUGCGCUGUCAGAUGCUGGUGGUGUAGAAAAUGGCGUCUCUGUCGGUGUGAACGCAGAACACGAGAAUGGCGUCAAUAGCAGUGCAGCAGCUAUGACCAACGGGACUGUUGGUGACAUCUCAUGAUGUAUAAACAAAGCGUUCUUUGUACUUGCUGUAUUUACGCAUGAUGCUAAUAAAAUAGUUUUCCAUGGUAUUAUUACUCUAUUUUUUUUUUUUUUCGAAUACCUCGUCCUCAUUUUACGGUUAAUCUUUGUUUUAAUUCUUCUUCCCCUCGAUUUUCCCCUUUUCCUAUUUCUCAUUGAUCUCGCGACCCGUCAUUUAUCAUCUUUUACCACCUACGGGAUUCAUAUUGAUCUCACUGGGGCCCCUGCGAAGCGCACGCUUGGUGGUGCGGUUUUCUUCUCCGUCGAAUAUCAUUAACUAACCUUUGAUACACUGGUCCUCAUGUAUGCAAAAGUGGUUAUAGCAUCGAUGAAUUGAGGCUUCCUUCGAAACAAUGACUGGAUUCUGGCGGCCUUUGUUCUUUUUUUUCUACGUUGCAUUUUUAUUUUCUAUUUCUCCCCCGUUCAUGUUCCCUUUUGUUUUUCUUUCCAAACUCCUGUGAUUGUGCGGCGAGUUCCCU